CUGGCUGUUGAGAAUUGAAAGUUUAGAGUGAAUUUAUUUCGAAACCAAUCUCAAUGCAUCGCAGAAAAGAAGAAGAUGAUUGUUAAUAAAUAAGACGCUGCAGAGAUUCGAACUCGAUAAUUUAUCAAGAUCCACAUCAUAAUGCCAUGUUUAUAAAUUGUAAUGCUGUUUAAUUUGGAUAUCCAAGAAGUGGAGGAGUUGGUUAGGUUAUAUGUGUAUUGAUAGGAUAUGCUAUAAUGAUAUACAGUUCAUUUAGAUGUCAGUUUUUAAUCAGAAAUUCAGGAAGAUGCAUUUGAGUAUCCGGUAUUUGUUGCACAAAUUAAAGUAGACAGUAACUCCAUAUAAAAUGGUAGGAAAUACUUAUGAAGCAUUACCAUGCUAUCACUCUAAUGGGCCUGGGAGAGAGAUGUGCCAGUGGUUGGCACAUAUCAAAUUGUCAAGGAUAAUCAUUUUGACAUCUGCAGUUCUAUUUAUUGUGCCAUUAUUUACACAUUAUUAUUUAUCGAAGGUAGAAUCUGAUGCUCCAGAUAGAGAUCUGUAUAGAACGUUUUCAACACUGGAAGCUUUUGAAGAUUUCACAUCUAUGAAAGCAUCGCAAUUAAAGAUGAGAAUAGAGGAAAUGUUUCGUAUAAAAAUUUCAGUGAGUAACGAACUGAGAGAUCUGGGUGCGAAAAGACAAAGACUUCAAGGUGAAGUCAAUAGUUUGACACAGAAGAUAGAUGAGUUAAAACAAGAGUUACUACAUCAACAAACGGAUCUUGAUAGAUUAAAGGUUAGUGUGGAACAGGCACAGGUAGCGCAGAGAGAAGCAGUGGAAAGAAACACACCUGAAUUGGCGCCACCUAAAAGAAUAUUGAUCAAUAGUCUCCCAGUUGUGUUACACAGUGCAGAUCCACGGUCAUGUAGAAUGUACAAUUGCUUUGAUCACAGUCGAUGUGCAUUAACGAGUGGUUUUCCUGUAUACUUGUAUGAUCCGGAUCAAUUCUCAGUAGUUAAUCCAGGAUGGGACGUAGACGGUUUCUUAAAAACAACUAUUAAACAAACUUUAGGGUACAAUCCUCAUCUCACUAGAAAUCCAGCAGAGGCAUGCAUCUAUAUAGUCUUAAUUGGUGAAGCAUUGAGCUCUCAACAAAAAAGUGAUCAUAGCAAAUUUUUGGACAUAAAGAAAUUACACGCACUUCCAUACUGGGGUGGAGAUGGUAGAAAUCAUAUCUUAUUAAAUUUUGCACGAAGAGAUUUAUCUGCAGAUUCUGGGAAUAUUUUUAGUGACGUGGAUACUGGCAGAGCAAUGAUAGUACAAUCAACGUUUUAUAGAAAUCAGUUUCGCGAUAGCUUUGACUUAAUUGUCCCACCAAUUCUGGGACCACCUGGCGGAGAUGUUUGGCAGGAUUGUGCACAGAUGUUGCCAGCGAGAAGAAAAUAUUUGCUGUCUUUUCAGGGAGAAAUGAGGACUCUUAAAGGCACACAAAUGACACAUUCAAUUGAUGAUGCAGAUAUAGAUUUGGAAAGAUUAGCGGUUAAUGAUAACAACAUAGAUGCAUUUAUCAUUCAACAUUUAAAAGAUAUGAGUGGUGGAAUAACUCUAGACAAGUUUUUCAUUCAAUUCGAAUGUAUACCAGCUUCUGUGGAAAGCAAACCCGUAGAAACUCUUGACUGGUCUCUUUGCGGAACUGACUCAUCUAGAAGAGCUAUAUUAAAGGAUUCAACAUUCGCGCUGAUCUUAGCUCCCAGCAAUGUCACAUUAUUAACUACUUCAUCCAUGCAAGCAAGAUUGUAUGAAGCGUUACGAGCUGGAUCAAUACCGGUUAUUCUUGGUGGCAAUCAGAUAUUGCUUAAUUACAAUGAAGUUAUUGCUUGGAGAAGAGCAGCUAUUUUUCUACCUAAGGCUAGAGUGACGGAAAUGCACUUUUUAUUGCGCGCUGUUCCUGAUAACGACCUUCUAACUAUGCGGAGACAAGGCAGAUUAAUAUGGGAACGUUAUAUGAGUACUGCACAAAGUGUAGUUGACACAACUAUAGCAGUAAUUCGUGACAGACUUGGUAUACCUCCGUUGCCGGCGUCUCAAACACCCAGUCCUAGCAUUUUUAACGAAAGCUUUGUGCCUUUAAAGUCGGAUACUAUCAUCGCUGAACCUGAAGCGGAAGAAAAUUUAGGCCCUUUGGAACCGCCAUAUCCAUCUCCUGCUUUCAAGAGAAAUUAUACGAUAUUAUUAGUUCAAGGUCAUGAAAUUUGGAAUGAUUGGAUGGAUCCAUUUAAUUUGUAUCCACAGUUACCUUUUGAUACCGUUCUUCCCAGUGAUGCUAAAUUUCUUGGCUCGGAAGUUGGUUUUCGACCUAUCGGUAAAGGUGCUGGAGGUGCAGGAAAAGAAUUUAGUGAGUCGUUGGGAGGAAACUAUCCAAGAGAACAAUUUACAAUCGUCAUGUUGACGUACGAAAGAGAACAAGUUCUAAUAAAUUCACUGGCGCGUCUUUAUGGCUUGCCUUACUUGAACAAGGUACUCGUCGUGUGGAAUAAUCCGAAACCACCGGUGGAAGAUCUCAAAUGGCCUGAUAUCGGCGUUCCGAUACACGUUAUAAAAGCUCCAAGAAACAGUUUGAACAAUAGAUUUCUUCCAUUUGAUGCUAUCGAGACAGAAGCUGUCCUUUCUGUCGACGAUGACGCUCAUUUGAGACACGAUGAAAUUAUGUUUGGUUUCAGAGUAUGGAGGGAACAUCGGGAUCGCGUAGUUGGGUUCCCCGGUCGCUUUCACGCAUGGGACCAAAAUUAUCACAAUGCUUGGAAUUAUAAUUCUAAUUAUUCUUGUGAGCUGUCCAUGGUUUUAACUGGAGCUGCUUUCAUUCACAAACACUAUACAUAUCUAUACACACAUUGGCUGCCACAAGCUAUAAGAGAUAAAGUUGACGAAUAUAUGAACUGCGAGGACAUUGCGAUGAAUUUUUUAAUAUCUCACCUUACAAGGAAACCACCAGUUAAAGUAACGUCACGUUGGACAUUCAGAUGUCCAGGCUGUCCAGUCUCGCUAUCUGAAGAUGAUACGCAUUUUCAGGAAAGACACAAGUGUAUUAAUUUCUUUUCUCAGGUUUUCGGAUAUAUGCCACUAUUGAAUACGCAAUAUCGAGCUGAUUCAAUUCUGUUUAAAACACGAAUACCACAUGACAAGACAAAGUGUUUCAAGUUUAUAUGAAGAACAAAUACAUUAGAAUUUUUAUCAGGUAUUGUAGAAUAAGAUUUGUAUGACUUUGAUACCAUUUUAUGCAAAUCAUCGUUCAUAAGUACAGACAGCUGCAUAGGAACUGCAACGUAUGCAUAGGAUAUUUUACAAAAUGUGUACAGGAAAUUCAAGGCAUCAUGAAUAGUUUAAUUAUAAUAAGUAUUUCGUGUGUCUGUGUAUCUACUUGUAUAUAGAUUAUCAUUAAAUGAUUGCAUGUGUGAUUGAUUAAAAAUUGAACAAAUAUUAGGUGUAUUUCGCAAAUAAUUAGUGCAAUUAUUUUUAUGUAAUUGAAUAGAUUUAAGUAAUCAGUGGUUUUCUUAAUUUUUGUAAAGUAUAAAAUAAUAGAGAUUAUGAUGAAAAUAAUUCUAUACAAUAUCAAAAUAAUAUCAGACACAAGAUAAAGAAUGUCGACAUUAACGUAUUUAAUGAUUCUCUUCUUCUCUUUUUUUAUUGUUUUAAGUUUUUUUUAUAUAAAAUGAUUUUAA